CCAAGCACAAAUCUCAAACCCUCCUAGUCUCCCCUAUCUACCCUGAGAAUUCCUUAAAACAUGGCUGGAUGUUCUCAACAAAGGCUGAUUGUUAUGUUUUUAUGUCUCAUUGGGAUAGUUUCAGCUACAGAUUUAACUUCUUCAGCUGUGAGUUUAGCUGAUUAUGAGUUAAGCACCACUUUUUAUCUUUUAAAGUGUCCCCUGGGCCUCUUUACCAUUAAUAACCUAGUAACCGCUGCUGUGCGGAAAGAGUCUCGCAUGGGUGCAUCCUUGCUCCGUCUUCAUUUCCAUGAUUGCUUUGUCCAAGGAUGUGAUGCAUCGGUUUUGUUAAAGAACACUGCAACUUUCACGGGCGAACAAGGUGCCUUCCCCAACGCUAAUUCUCUAAGGGGUUUCGAAGUCAUAGACAACAUAAAAGCAAAAUUAGAGAUUUUGUGCCCUGGGGUUUUCUCUUGCGCUGACAUCUUAGCCGUUGCUGCAAGGGAUUCUGUUGUUGCUCUUGGUGGACUUGGGUGGCAAGUUCGCUUGGGGAGAAGGGACUCAACCACUGCAAGUUUAAGUGGAGCUAACUCAGAUUUACCAGCUCCCUUUCUGGGUCUUAAUGACCUUGUUGCUGCUUUCCAAAAGAAGGGUUUCACAGUAAAUGAAAUGGUUGCUUUAUCAGGUGCUCACACAAUAGGCAGCGCCAGGUGUUUAACCUUCCGAUCAAGGGCUUACAACGAUAGCGAUAUAGAACCCUCGUAUGCAAAUUUUUUGAGAAGCAAUUGUCCCAAGAGUGGUGGUGAUGACAACUUGUCUCCUAUAGAUAUCGCCACUAAAGACAUUUUUGACAAUGCUUACUACCGGAAUUUACUUUCCAAAAAGGGUCUUUUCCACUCUGACCAACAGCUCUAUAGUGGCAGUUUCACGGACUCCAAAGUUAAAGAUUAUGCCACCUACCCAUCACUCUUCAAAUCAGAUUUCGCUAAGGCCAUGCUCAAGAUGAGCAACCUUAGCCCACUUACAGGGGCACAGGGUCAGAUCAGAAAAGUAUGCAGCAGAGUGAAUUAAUUGAGUUCAUUGGUAAAUUAUGGUAUAUUUCUUGCAUGAGAUUCAUGAAUAUCCGAAUACAUAAACCCAUUCAUUUGUUUGCCAUUAUAUUUUGUUAAUUUGUUAAAGUUUCAAUUAUGUGUCAAUGUUUGACACCCUGUGUUUGCAUUUGUUUGGAAACUCACCGUCCUUAAUUGUGUAUUGUUUCAGGAAGUAUUUUUGUAUGAUGUAUGUCCUUUACAUAAUUUGAUUUGAUUUUUCCAUUUUCAUUGUAUUGAUUUGAAAAUUAUGGCAUAUUUUUAUGUAUUGUAAUUUUUUUUAA